AUGUCGGUAGCGACCGGCCGGAAGCACCUGCUGGUGGGUCGCAGCGGCGGCGUGCUGCGCCUGCUGGGACUCUGGACGCCACCCGCACAGCGGGAUCGUCGUAGCUGCGACGCUUGCGUGCUGCCGCGCUGCUGCCUCAGCUUCAUCCUGAUGGCCUCCAUGCCUGUCGCUGCCUUCUCCAAGCUCUACUGGGACACGCCAGACGAUCUGGAGGAGCUUAGCUCUUGCAUCUUCGUCAUCAUGGCUUCAAUCGCUUUGCUGAUUAAGGCGGGCUGCUUCGUGGCGCAGCAGAGCAGCGUGCACCGGCUGUUGCGGAUGGUGGCGACGGUGCGGGCAGCUCACGGCGAGCAGGCUGCGGCUGGGGGCGGCGGGGGCGGAUGUGGGGGCGGAGGCGGACGUACCGACACCAGAGCGGCCUACCGGAUGCGCGCAGACGCCGUCUUCCUCUACAUGCAGGGCAUGACGGCGGUGGCGCUGUGCGGCUGGGUGUGCGCCCCUGUGGUCUCCGGCGACGCCUCCCCCUCCUCCCCCGACGAGCUCAACGCGACGCUGCCGCCCGCCAAGACGCCGCUGCCCACGUGGCUGCCGCCCAACGCGCAGCGCUCCCCCGGCUACGAGCUGCUCUACCUGUUCGAGACGCUCUGCCUCACCGUCUCCUCCCAGGUGCUGCUCUGCGUCGACGUCUUCUUCAUCGACCUCAUCCUCCUGGUAGUCGCAGAGCUGCAGGUGCUCAACGACAACGUCGCAGCUGUGUUCAUCGCUGAGACCGGCUCUGAGAGACGCGAAGAUACACCCAUCGGUGACUCCGCUCUCCCUGCAGUACGACGGCGCCGCCGCAGGUUUUCCGAGACGUUCACGGUUUCAGAUGUGCCGGUCGAUAGUACAACGCAGAGGAUUUCAGAUGAUAUGUAUGACCAGUUAGUUGGCAACAUACGACAUCAUCAGCUGAUCAUAGAAUGCGUCCAAGUACUUCAAAUGGCAAUGAGUUACUCCAUUUUCGCUCUGCUCUUCUUCAACAUGACGAGCAUAUGCCUCAACAUAUUCGUCACUGCUAGCCUGCUGCAAAGUGACGCUGACUUGGUAACGGCACUGAAGGCUGUUUUCACAACACCUGUUUUCCUGUAUGAAAGUGCAAUGUACUGCAUUUUUGGCCAGAUGAUUAUAGAUCAGAGUGAACACCUGCCGCUGUCUGCCUUCAGCUGUGGAUGGACCGAUGCGGACACGAGACUACAAAAGGCACUUCUUGUCUUCAUGUUGAGGUCAUCGCAGCCGCUCAGGAUCCAAGUUGGGAAGACAUACGAACUCUCCAAAGACACCUUCGUCAGGGUGCUGAACGGAUCAUAUGCACUCUUCAACAUGUUAUACACAUUCCAGGGCAAGAAAUAA